AUGUCUCGGGAAAGUAAAGCAAAGCAAGCCGCACACAGAGGGAGAGUGAUACUAACCAGAACGAGAGGUGUACCAUGGAGACAAGCCCCCACCCAAAAGUGGGCCAGGGACAGGGUUGGAGUUCGCCUGCCACUGAGGCCGAGCUAGCAGAGCCUCACCUGCAGAAGUCCAUCACAUCUCUCGCAAAGAGGACGGGGCACCUGUAACCAGCACCGAUGUCCGGCCUUAACCUUCCUCGCUGGGGGGUGUGCUCGGCUCUCUGUGCCUUCACGGUGCUCCUUUCGGGAGCUACGGCCGACCAGGUCAACGCCACCACGCCGCGCAAUGGCGGCGGCGCCCAGUGUGGAGAGUACACCAACCAGGUGUUGGAGGACGGCAUGUGCCGACUGGUUGCCACACUGCCCCAGCUGGACGAGCAGAGGUGCCCCGACAUGUUCCGCUGCACGGACGAGGUGUCCUACUGGCUGCACGAGAACGAGGAGAGGAAGCAGCAGAUCGUGGCCUUGAAGGAGACCAUCUCGGAGCUGCAGGAGGAGCUGAGGAACCACCGGCAUCGCCUCAAGGUCUUCGAGCUGCAGCAUGAAGACCACAGCCAUUUUAACGCCACCUUGGAGCGACGUUUUCACGACUUGGAGGUGCACUACGCCGAGGCCAGCACCUUGCUGCAUCUGCAGGGCACCCUCAUCCUAAACCUGCAGAAUGAAGUUCACAAUCUCACCCUACUGGUGGAGAGAGUUCAGAAGAGUCCUGGCUGUUUGAUCAACAUCGUCCGUCCCAACCCCCUCAUGAGCUCCCACGAGGCCUUGCAUCCAGAAAUCCAGCACAUGAGGAACUGCCCUAUAGACUGUGCAUCCAUCUACUACAAUGGAGUGAGGAGGUCAGGCCUGUACACUGUGGUGCCAUCGCUAGCAGGCAUGCCUGUGCAGGUCUACUGUGAUAUGGACACAGACGGUGGCGGUUGGACAGUGAUCCAGCGACGGGUGGACGGCUCCGUGAGCUUCGACCGCAGCUGGAGGGAGUACAGGCACGGCUUCGGCGACCUGCACUCCGAGUUCUGGCUGGGUAACGACUACAUCCACGACCUGAGCACCCAGGGGGACUACAGCCUCCGCAUAGACCUGGAGGACUGGAGCAACAAGCACAAGCAUGCAGUGUAUCAGAGCUUCAGUGUAGAAGAUGAGGAGCAUCAGUACCGUCUCCACGUGUCGGGCUUCAGCGGCACCGUGCAGGACUCGUUCGGGUGGUACCACGACAAGCAGAGUUUCAGCACGCCCGACAGUGGUGACAUCUGUGCUGAGAUCUCCCAUGGCGGAUGGUGGUAUAGUCAGUGUUUCUAUGCUCAUCUUAAUGGAGUCUACUACAGGGGAGGCCAUUACACACCUAACGGCCGAGGCCACCUGGGUCCUGAUGGGAUAGUCUGGCACUCGUGGAGAGACUCCGACUAUUAUUCGCUUCGCAAAGUCAGCAUGAUGAUCCGACCACGCACCUUCCGGAAGCGUUUGUCUCCCUGAGCCUCCGUCACCAUGACACCUGUUGAUGUACGGUAAUGCAGAUCUCAAUAGACCAGCUGUGGACUAUUUUUGUACUGCAUCUUUUUGGAAACCAUACACUUUUACAUUGUUUCUGGGUGAUUUUCCAUGUCAGCGGCAUGGAAAUGGAGCGUGUUUUGUACUCUUGUUUUGUACCUCUAGAUAGCUGCGCUUUUUCGGAAAUAUUUAUUAGCAAAUAGAAAAAAAACACAGAUCCAAAUAAACGAUUUAACAUUCAAAUUGAACACUACUAAUAAUAAAAGAGAGGAACUGAAAUAAUGAUAUGUGAAUAUAAUUUUUAAAAGUAAAUUACUGUAGGAGACAGAUUUAGGUCGCUGUCCGCAGAGGUGUGAAGGGCGUGGUCACGUGGUCAUUGGUGGGUGUGUGCGGAAGUAUAAGGGCGCACACUCGUCACCGGGGAGGAGGAGCAAAGAGGAACGGCUAGGAAGCCGUGUUUUUGUUGAUUGCUUUUUUUAUACGCUAUUAUAUAGCAUAUUCUACCAUCACACUCAUAUCCUCAGUUUGCCACCCUGGUCUCAGCAAUAAAUCAAUCACACGAAACGCUUCAUGGAGUUCAGCGUCUCUGUCAUGCGCGUCACAAACGCGAGGACCAUGCCUCCGCCGCUCACUUGCAGUUGGCUACGUGGCUAUUCUUAUUUUCUAAAAGUCAAGCAUGUUAUGCAUUUUGAGCGUCAUUAUACAAUAAAUUACAGAAUGAAAGAGUACUGCGGGUGAUGACAUGAGCCCACAAAAACAAAAAUAAGUUUCUACGUGAAUAUGGUCACUAUAUUAGGUAACCCACAACAGUAUACAUGUAAUGAUGUUAAAUACAGUGCCUUUACAAACAAUGUGUUUCUUAUUGUAGUUAAUUAUAGUUGGCAGUUUUACUGAACUGCAUGACAGGCAAAUCUAGGACUCGGUUUGAUUUUUUUCUCGGAUUUGAACUUUACGUGUGCUCAGAACAGAUUCUCAAACUGUGGUACGCGUGCCACUGGCGGUACACGGGCUCCAAAUCGUGAGUCUGUUUGUAGCUCAUGAUUGGCUCCUGUCAAGUAAAGAGUUGACUGGUCCUCACGGACUCGUGCACGCCACAAUAUGCCACUCUAUGACGUGGACACGUGUGGCAUGUACACUGGUGCGGCUUAUAUAAGAACAAAUCUGGUUUUUCCUCUAAAUUUAGUGGGUUGCGGGAAUCUACUGGACCAAAAUGGAGGUGGUACAUGGUGUAAAUUUAACACUUUUUGACCCUCAAGGGCCGCUGUAUCCGACAUGGAACAUCAAGAGACCGCCUGCAUCUAUGUGAAUGCACUCUGGGACUUGUAGUAUGGUUACAUGGCUGUUGCAUAAUAACUACUUGCAUUACAGUUGAUUUGCUAACAAUGCACAUGAUGUUACAUGAAUAGCUCCCGAGUACAGUGUCUCUUCUUGAAAGGAUUUCACACCAAGUCAAUUGCUGUGGACGUCACUAUCCAGCUGCACCUGAAGCCAAAGCCUCGUGCAGGCUUAAAAGGACCUCUUUCACUACCCCCCACCUCACUUACAAGACUACACAGACCCCCUCUUUGACCCUUUGCACACUCAUUCUCAUUCCUAAUCCAUCUCCAAUGCAAGAAUCUGCUGUGCGGCGCAUAAGGGCCUCACUGUGUUUGCACACGAGAGAACAAGACAAGGAUUCUUCCAUACAACAAAGAAGGAAGUACAAAUUCAUUGUUAAAUAAAUCAAAAUGUGCUGUUGCUCCUCAAGCUUUUAUACGGUAAAAUCUGAGACGACAAACACUUGAUAGAAUAGCGUGUAUAUUUAUUAUUUAUAUGUACACUCACCAGACACUUCAUGAGGCACACAUGUACAAAUAAAGAGCCUUCACACAAUGAACUCUGCCUUUGCAAAGACAAUAGCGCACGGUUUGGAUUGAACCUUCUAACAUUUCUUAAACAGCAACUGUGGUAAUAUCUUUGCAACGGGUCAUUGUACACCUGCACCUGCGCCCGUGAUGCCAGCCAGCAUGCUCAUUAAAUAGUUAUAUAGGUAUUAUACAUCUACUAUAUUUGGGUAUCACGUGAUAGUAAAACAAAAGUGAACAAAACGAAUGAUUGAAAGCAAAAACAAACAAAACUGCAUACGUGAUGUGAUCUGUAGCUCCGCCCCCUUAAACUUUGCUGUUAUUCUUGAAGCAGCGGUUUCUCCUUCAUAUAAAAACUUUUUUUUUUUCAUUUUCUCCUGAAAUGUAAACGAAUGCAGAAAUAGAAGGGAACCAAAUAAGGCACGUGGGUACAACAGGAAGGGGCGGGGCUUCCUGUUUGCAAAGAGGAAGUGCAGGAAGAAAGAAGGCACGGGACACAAACGCUUCCUUAGAGGGACGCUCCACGGUCAUUAGUGACAAUAUCUACCAAACAUUGGCAUGAAAAGGCCGCGGCCACAGUGAAUGACUAUGUCAAUGCUGCGUCCAAAAUAGCAUUAAAUGUGACCCCAACUACUCUAACCUUCAAUUUGCUUGUCUUUACAGAAACUUUCAUUUGUGUAAACUGCGGUUUGCGUGUUUUGUUCCCGUCUCUUAAAAAGAGGAAGAGUUGCGUGUCAUCAUCCGCAAUCACUGCUGCGGGUUUAAAGUGUCAUAAAGGUAAGAGAAAUUUUCAUUAAAAAAGAUGAAGAAGAAAGUUGGAAAACAAGCAGUUAAGUGACAACAUUUGGGAUGUGGAGCUCUUUUCGUCGCUUGUGGACUGUUGCCUUCACAUUGUAGUGAACUGACUGUGAGCUUGUCUCAGCUUUGCAGCAAUCUGCGGGUUUAAAGAAGAGAAGCCGGGAUUUUAGGCAAGCAAAGGCAACCAUUUUCAUAACGGUCAUUCUUCUUAAGCGACAACACUGUAGGAAUGAACCUUGCAUAUUCAGUCGUCCCUCGCCAUUUCACAGAGGUGGGAGAAAGUCAGUGUUUUGCAAGUCACAAGUCUUUAAUCCCAACUCUCGAGUCACGUCUCAAGUCAAGACAUGCACGUCCGAGUCAAGACACGACAGGCUGAGUCAAGUUGGAAGUCACAGGCUUGACAUUUCAAGUCAUAAGCGCUGUUAAGUGUACCAAAUAAAAGCCAAGACUUUGGCUUUUGCAAAUGCUAAUGAAGUUAUCCUGGGUUGCACGUUGACGCAUCCCGAUGUCAAUCACUGCCACUCUCCAGAAAUACUGUAUAAGCCACACCCUUGUUGUUUGCUCUGAAACCUGAUUGGAUGUUAAUAGAUGCAUUCAAUGAGGCAAAUUCUGUGGGAAAAUGUGGUGUCUUGCUUGAAAUGACAUAACUAGUUUAUCAUAAUAAUAUACUGAAUAAUAACACUUUGAAUGGGGGCACAUUUUACUUACGGUAACACACUAACUGAAAACCUCAAGUACUUAAAGUCAUCACACUAAAGUCCAUGUCAAUCCCGAGUCAUUGGCGAUGGCAAGUGUUCGAUGAUAUUGUCAUCACGAGUCCACACCUCUGCCACUUUGCGCUUCAAAUGUCUAAAAUAUGAAUAAAUCAUGCUGUUUCCUGGCUGAAUGCUGCCUAUUAGUCAAAGAAUAUGCAUAUUUUAGUAUAUUUGACAUGUUUUUUGCUUUAAGCGUUUUCAAGCAUAUAAAUGAAGUAAAAUACAAAUAUGAGGCAUUCAGAAGACGCAUACAAAGACGUGAUGCGAUGUAGUAUUCUCCACUGGUCACUAGGUGUCGGUAAUGUUACUGUAAUGUUCGGUGAGACACACAAGCACCAGACUCGAUCGCCGGAACAACAGGCUUUUACUGUGAAUUAUCUCACAGCUACAGCUACACUAAUCCCCAACUCGAGCUACUGUUGCAGCUCUAACACACGUGGAGCUAAAACUCAAUUCUGAACCCCCCCCACGCCACUUCCUGUCCCCUAACACCGAAACACAUUUAUAGCAAUACAGUCGAGUAUGAAAUUUAUUUUGAUAUUAUUAUUUAUUUUAAUAUUAUUUAAUUGCUUAUUUUCUGUUAUUAUGUCUGCUAUUUAUUGGGUAAUAGGAGUGUAAAGGUGGCUAUAGGGGUGUUAUUUCAUGUCUAGAGGGCUCUAAUAAUGUUAAAAACCAUAUUUAGAAGGUCGUAAAUAGGUUUUCUAUGCUCCAAAUAUGAAAAUAUUCCAUAUAUGCUUAUGUAGCAGUAUAUAUUUUUACGAUCCACAGAAAAUUUGUCAACUCAGCCAUUAUUGUCUAAACAUCUGGCAACACAAGUGACUAGCAAGAUCAUUGUGUUAUGCGUAGAGUCAAGCAUGUUAAUGCCAACAUCAUUGUCGGGGUCUGCAUGAGUGCUGCCUGCACUGGGGAGUUACGGUUCAUUGAGGGAAAAGGUGAAUUCCAUAGCCAAGAGGAUUAAGGCAUUGCUGUGCAGCAAUGAUGCUCCCACUUGGGACAGGGGGACUCACUUGUGUUGCCAGCUAUUGAGACAAUAAAGCUUGUGUGUUGAUUCAUUUACAUGCUAGAUCAGGUGUACACUGACGACUCUCCAGUCUUGUCCGUUGAGAAGAUACAAUAAAAUGCUCCCCUGGAGGGUGUGCUGCAUUUAAGGUGAAAGAUGGUGGACAAAAUGUCUUCUUUUUUUUUUUUACCGUCUCGUAAAACUUGACUUGCUCUUCCAGGUACAACUGCAUGACGCGGUUGUAGUCGUAGAUACGGUUGCUAUGGAAGUGGUUCAUCUCAGCUGAGGGGAGAGAAAAAGGCGACAAGACGUUAGAUGAAUCAACUCGCCAAGUCGAUUGACUGAGGAGUCGCGCUGUACCUUGCAAUGCGUAAGACAUGGUGCUGACUCGUUUCGCCAUGGUGACCUUUUCCUGAGGGGUUAUUUUACUGGUUGCCACCAACUUGUCGCCUUCCUUCACUUUGUCAAUGGCCGCCUGCGUCAUUUGAUAAAGACAUGUUGUUUUAGCGCGAGCCUCAGCUGGGAUGUUCAUUGCAAGGCAUGAUGUCAUAACACACACAGGUGAUGUGCACGCGUUGCGUUUGCUAAUCUAGCUUUUGUUUGACAUAAUUACACGUAAUUUGACGUAAUUACACUCCAAUGCUGUAGGGGGAGCCCUUGAGCAAAAACAAAAAACAUUGCUGUCUGUAUCUCCAAAUUUUCUCAAUACACGAUUUAGUUGGACAGUGAUGUCAUGUUUUCAAAUGUCGGUGAGGCAGGACAAUGGGGAAACAGUCCAAAUAAAUAAAUUGGCAGGUGGCGGAUAGGUCAAGAAAGUUGUUGUUUGUGUUCAAAAUAAGUUGAAAAGUUCUGAAUGGAUUUGGGUGAAAUUUUCAGGAAUCGUCAGAAAUGGGAUAUGGAAGAACUGAUUACAUUUUGGGGGUGAUCCAGAUCACCGUCUGGAUCCAGGAAUUUUUUUAAAGGAUUCUUUAACAUUGCGUGAUAGGACCAUUUUCACCAUUUGUGCGUUUAACUCCACAAAAAAUGGAAAACUUGGGAAAAAAAUACAGGACGAGUUUCCAGCAGGUUCUACAGAAUAUCAAAGACUGAUCCAAAAAAUGUAGGAUUAUUAUGUUGGUGUGAAUCACAAUAUGGGGGGGAACUAUGGCGCUUGGCGGAGGUCUCUAGUUUUUGUAUGUUAAUGCAGCAAAACACGUCAUUUUCAACUCAUUUACUUUCUUUGCUUGAACAAUGCAGGACGUGAUCUUUGAGUGUGUAUAACGCAAUUGUAGGGAAAGCCAUGAGCAAAGGAAAUAACAACUUGCAGCACGCAACACAUUGUAAAAAUAAAUUUAAACCAAAAAACCCCCAGCAAAAAUAGGGAAAUAGUGCCAAAAAGCACAAUGUCAACAGAAAAUGAUGAAAUGUUGAUACUACUACUGCCAAAUAAAUAAUAAAAUAAAUGAAUUGAAAUAAACAAAAUAAAAAAAAUAUAUAUUGAUAUAAACUUAAAGUAUUUUAAAGACAAAAAAAUGUAUGUACCUUUUUUUCCAGCCUUUUAAUAUAUAUAAAAUAUCUUAAGUGCCCCCACCCAACAUGACAGACUCCAUGUCUACUCGUGUACCUUAUGGACUCCGAUGGUAUCCGGGAAGCAUCCAAGCAGACCUUUAUACUCGUUGUUAGUCUCCAUGAGGAAGUGGAGGUCUUUCUUGGGCUGGCAAGAGGAAAUACACACACAGAUAUGAAUGUGAACGUAAACAGGAAAAAAAAAAAAAAAGAUUACAAGCUAAAGAAAGAGCACUGUUGCAUUUAAUGAAUCACUACAGGACUCUAACAAGGAAGUAGCACACUUCUGACUCGUAAGGGAAAGCUACGUACAAAAAAAAAAGGUCAGGAUAUAGCAGUUCUCAAACCACCUUUAUGCCUAACAAAGCGUGUCACUGGACUACAAGUCUUACCAGACCAAUCCUGCUUACGGAUGCCGCAGGGACAGAAAAACAAAAGGCAUGUUUCAUAACAUGCGAGUGAUAUUUAUAAACUAGCUCUGCUGUUUUUAAGGAACAACUGCAAAAAUGCUCGUCAAAGAUCCCCUUUGUGACAAGUUUCAAACUGAACUUGCGGGCCGGUCGGAUGUCAUUUAUGGGACGGAUUUGGCCCCAAGGGCUGCCAGUUGAGUAACCCUGGUCUAUUCUGUUUGCCCUAAGCGUCUUCCUGUGCAGAGAACACCAGAAGGACACUGGGUUAAAGGGUGUCAUAUAAAAAAAAAGCAACACGUGGGAUGUAAAGACUGCAAGCAGGAAACAUGUGACGUGUGGGUGAAGACAUGCUAAUGGCGUGGUUGAUAAAAAGGCACUGAAAUACACUUCACCAUCUAACUUGUGACAUUUAAACGAGCUAAAAAUCCAUUGACAGCAACAUUACAUUGAAUUUGGGCUCCAAAUAACCAUACCUACCUGCUCUGCUACCAGCUGUGCUAUCUCCUCGUAGGUCUUCCCCGCCGCCGUCAUGGCAUCAGUCAGGGUUGACUCGCCUACAGCAAUGACGGAUCAAUAUGUUUAUUCUUUAUAAAGCACCACAACGCAACACAAUCAUAAUUGAGAUGUCACAGCGUACUUGCACCAUUAUAUCCUGUUCAAGUUGAACUUUCAAAAUAAUCAUACAGUCCAUCCCCAAAGUAUUCACUGCACUUCACUUUUGCCACAUUUUGUUACGUUACCGCAGGGGUGUCCAAACUUUUUCCAGCGAGGGCCGCAUAUUUUGUAAAGCAACACAUGUAAAUAUGCUAAGACGUUAAAUGUAUUUCAAGCAAAAACUGCAUCUCAGUUUUGUGAUCCAUCCAUUCAUUUUCUAUACCGCUUCUCCUUAUUAGGGUCGCGGGGGCAUGCUGGAGCCUAUCCCAGCUGACUUCAGGCGACAGGCAGGGUACACCCUGGACUGGUCGACAGCCAAUGGCAGGGCACAUAUAGACAAACAACCAUUCACACUCACAUUCAUACCUAUGGACCAUUUAGAGUCACCAAUUUACCUAACAUGCAUGUUUUUGGAAUGUAGGAGGAAACCGGAGUACCCGGAGAAAACCCACGCAUGCACGGGGAGAACAUGCAAACGGGUGCUUUUUACUUUUUUUUGUAAUAUUUGAAGAGAAUUAAAUUAAUUCAUUGAAUUUCGAGGGCACAGCAUGACAUCAGUAUUGCCGUAGUACACAAAGUACCUUGAUAUCCACUGCUGGUGAACACUGAGGAGAGGUUCUGGAAGGCUUUACCAAUGCGCUGAUAUUCCUUUGGCAGAGCUGAAUGAACAGACGUUAUGUCUUAUGCUGAGAAAAUAUGCAAUAUGUGUGUCAAAUAGAAACAAAGGUAAAUGUUAAAAAUAGUGUACAUACGUCCUGUGCAUCGCUUCCAGUGCUCGUGUCCAACUGUGAGGAUUUCCUUCACUCCGUCGUCCAUUGCUUUGGUAAACCUGCUGAACUGCUCGCAUUUCUGCUCUCUGUCGGUACAAAAAAGUGUUUCCGAGGGCUGUUUAAGUCACCUUAUUAGUAGGCUUGUCACAAUACAUUUUGGUGGUCUAUGAUUGUGCUACAAAUUAUCACCGAUAAUCGAUAAUAUCGACCAUUUAUUGAAAAACAUUUUUUCCAUUAAUAAUUGUCAUGAGCUGUAAUUCACAUUUGAACCACUAGCUGGUACUCAAGUAUAGUGUACCUUGUGUGAGCUUCAGUCACGUUAGCUUGACACAAAAGUCUGAGCCCAUUUUGACAUUAAUUAUAUGGCAUAAAAUGCCUGUCACGAUAACAAAAUUGAACUGUAUGUAUUUUUUACCUAAGAUGAGGCCACCGUGAACGUGUGGCGUCUCUGCUUAGUGCGCAAGCCCUGCCUACCGUCUUUGAGUGCAUACUCGGUUGGAUCGUGGCGCCUGCAAGUUUUUGUCAGUAUGUUGCCGCAACAUUUAUUAUACUAGGCCAGUCAUGAUAACAAAUUUUGCUUGUAGAUAAUUGUCCUGCAAACCACUGUCUAAUCGAUGUUAUUGACCGUUUUUUUCAAGAUUUAUAUGGCAUAAUAAUACAAGUUGCCUUGUUGAGGUUUCCCUUUAACUCACACUUCUACAGGAUCCAAGUCUGCAGCUUCUGGCUCUAUAGUAGUAAAGAUCAUCACUCCCACCGUUUCAUCCUUUUCUGCUUUUCUCUUCCCCAUUUUCCAGUCCUGCGCCAUGUAGAUAUACUGUAAGCAUCUUUGCACUUCAGAGAGAGAGAGAGAAAGAGAGAGCGAGAGAGAGAGACACUACUGGGGAGGCACCAUACCUUCUCAUCCUUAUACGUGAGGAAAAGCUGGAAUACUUCGCUGCUAGAAACCACCGGGUGCCUGCACAUCCUGCUCAUCCAGCCCUGCAACCGCUCCAUUCGCAUCUUAAUGAACUCCUCCUCAAAGCGCCCUGGAACAGAUAAAGGAUAUUUUGGGGUGCUCGUCUUCGUCGGACUGUAAAAUUGUUGUUGAGACGUGCCAGACACUCACCUGUCACCUGCUUGUCUGGUAAGGAGGGGAUGGGGAUGGCGGAGCCAAAUUUGUCCAGCAGCCUCUCAUAUAGCCAAUCAAAGUGCUUGUAUCUGUGAUUGACAGGGCGGUUUGUGGUCUGUAACCACAUCCCAGUGCAUUAGAUGACAGCUGGUGCAACAGAACAGAACCAACGUAAUGACGGAGCUGCUUACAUUGGGCGUGAUUUGAUACUCGAUGUAGCUCUUGAGGCCGUACAUCUUUGAGCCUUUCUUUGGAUCAGCGACCACACAGUCCAGCUGCGAUUCUGGAUAAAGCCACACUGGACCCACUUCUCCCAUCUGGGGAAUAAAACAAAAGCUGCUAGUGUGGAGGGUCCUGCAUGUGAUCCAAUACAAGAGGGGUAUACAAAGUGUAUGAGGAUAAUAAUAAUGCUGAUACCAAUAUUGAUCGGAUAUCAACACGACUCAUGUAUACUUAAUAAUUAUUUAUUUUGUAGUGUGGAAUGUUGGAAAAGCACGAAUCAUACAUACUUUUAUUCAUUAUUUUGCAGUAGCUUUGAGAAUAACCCACACAUUGACUUCUUUAUGCAUGUUGGACAUAGAUUUAUCCACAACGUGGUGGCAGCUAGGCAUAACAUAGCGAGGUUUGAGGUGCUCAAUGAAGUGUUUAAACCCGACAUUACUCACCACCGACAGGGUGUGUCACUCUUUUCUGUUAUAGCUAAUGACUUUUUGCCGUCCCGUGGGAGUUUCCCGUGUGAUGCGGCUUCAUGUGCGCGAUGAGGUUGGUUGUAUUAAAAUUCCCAAGUUCUAUGCCUCCACGGAAAACAUGCGCAUGCUUGUGCGCACUAUUUGUUGUAAUUACAUGGGCUCUAUCUGGUUGCUGCUGGAUAGAUGUGCUAGGGUGGGGUCCGGAAUCGACUGCUUGUAUCGGAGUGCCAAUAUUGGAGAUUUGAGAUUCAAGCAGAUAUCAUUUGAUAUUGUCUGAUAUCCAACAUCAAUAGGACAUUAGCAGGACAUCCCUCGAUACUGUACAGCUUUUGUAUUCUAGCUUAAGUGUCAGGAAUGUGUACAGUAAAUACCAGAAAUGCAUUCUCCAGCAUUCCCUGCAGACUCCAGCCAAUUUCUAACUGAUCCUUAUACUUUCAGGAAGGAAGGACCUCCAUACCAGAAUAUCUAUGAUAGCUAAAACCCAAAAAAACUUGAGUUCCUGCAAGUCAAAUAACUUACGUAAAUCGGUAGCUUGUCUUUGCCCUUUGCAAUCUGCUUGCAUAGUAGGUACAGCUCAGGACCAGACUUGGAGAACCCCGGAAACCUGAAAGUGGGGGCAAAUGGUCAGAAGGCCUCGACUGCACGUUACACUAGACAGGCACGGCCGUAGACGACCACCACCAACCCUUACUUGAGUUUCAUCGAUGGGUGAGCUCCGCCUCGCUGCAUGGCUCCGCCAUCUCCAGAUUCAGACUCGCCGUAACCCCCGGUGGACUUCAUGUCGUCCCACUCGUCGUCCCACUCGUCGUCCUCGGCCCCUGAUGACCCUGGUAAGCCUGAGGGUGACCCUGAGGUGCCGGGCCUCCCCAGGAGUCACCAGCGGCCGUCUUGCCAGUCUGGGUGCCUUCUGGAUUGGACGCCCAGUUGUUGGAGGCGCCCCCCGAGGGGUCUGUGUUCCACGCCGACCAGGGAUCAUUGCCGUUGCUAGCCUGGAGACACCGAAAAAAAGGAGCAAAGGCGUCAAAGAAGGACAGGUCUGCAGUCGCAACGUUUCCGACGCUGGGAGUCGGUGCUGCGGUUGGCGCUCCGGGGAAUGACGACUUGUUGAGCUGCAGAUAGUUGUGGAACAAAGUGGAGGAAACAAAGAAAACCAGAUAUUCCAAGUGCCGUCCGUCCAAUACACAGCUAGAUAGCUAGAUAUCUACUGGAGAAAAACAGCAUAAAGUGAACGCUCACACUGUGUUGCAUGGGGAAAGGAAGACUACCAGGCAUUUUUGUUGCACACUUUUGUUUGCGGCCCUUCACAGGACUGCUCGGUUUGAGACAGUAAAGUGCAAUUCAUUGUGAUAGGCGCUUCACAAUAACAGCACUGCGUCCAUUAAAUUAAUGAAGACGAGUCAUGCAACAGUUGACCCUACGUGUACAGCUGCUGCACACAGUGUCAUGUGACAGAAGGCAGAUGGAGGCGGACAACUCACCUGAUUGGUGAUAGUGAUGGUUUCGCCUUCUUUCACUGUCAGCUCAUUGUUUCCAGGCUCCGCAGUGAAGUCAUAUAAAACCUGUGCCUGAUCACAAAUAAGGACAAGAAUGUUUGUUUUUUUCGUGUGUAUGCAUCACAUCAGUAACAUAUAUCAACAUACACACACACACGUAGGACAGAAUCAGUAGUCCAAAAGUGCAUUAUAAAACAGGCCAAACUAGUUUCCCUUUGCUCCUUUUCUGAUGACUCUUCUUAAACUAGACACCAGUGUCAACCCAAAACAAGCUAGAAGUUUCUCAAGUUAACCUGCCCUUCAUGUCGAGUCUCAGGGGUGCACACACAGAUGCAAAAAUGACUAGAAAUAUGAAUGAAUUAUGAAUAUAGAAUGUUUUCUAAACAGGUGCAUGUCCAUAAACCUAAAAAAAAAUCAUGUCGGAAUAUAACAAACUAAACAUAUUUUCAACAAGGCGACAAAAUAAACCUGCAUUUCAUGCUUUGUCAGCCACGACAUGAUGCAUUUGACUGUUCAUAUUUACUUUCCAGUUAAUUUGAAAA